CCUCCGAGGAGUUUUUCGAUGGUAUAUCUCUGAUCGAGAGGAGAACCAUGCUUUUACUCGAGAGACACAACAAGUUAUUACUAGAGGUUGAGCAACUCGGUUGGUUUAUGGAAGAGAUAAAACCUGGCUAUUUAGCCACACAAAAAAAUGAGCCAGGCUCAGUUUUCACCAUAGCUCAGCAACUGUUGCAUGAAAGCAAGAAGAAGGAAGGGGAGCUUGAAGAGAGAAUUAGAGAGCUUGAAGAACUAAACAUGAAAAUGGAUGAGCAAAUUACUUGCUUGAAUAAAGACAAGGAAGAUGCAGAUACUGAGAUGAGCAAAAUCAGGACAGAAUUGGAGCAGUCAGAGAGCCGGCUUUUGGCAGCGAAAGAGAAACUCAGCAUUGCAGUGACGAAGGGUAAGCAAUUGGUUCAACACCGCGAUUCGCUAAAGCAAUCAUUGUCUGAGAAGACGAUGGAGCUCGAUAAGUGUUUGCACGAGUUGCAGCAGAAAGCUAAUGCCUUGGAAACCAUGGAGGCUCGUAACGAAGAACUGAAGCAGUCGUUACAAGAGAAG